AUGGCCCUACAGAGCCAGGGUUUACCCCCCAGCGGGUGGACCCCAGCAAAUCCAAUGCCCAUGGUCGAGAGCGCCCUCUACCGUCAGCGGCUGGAGGUCAUUGCUGAGAAGCGGCGGCUUCAAGAACAGAUCUCCGGAGCGAGGAGGGAGCUAGAGGAGGAAAAAUUGAGAGUGCAGCGACUAAAGAGGAAGUCCCUGCGGGAGCGAUGGCUGAUGGAUGGGACAGCUGAGGGACCCGAAGGCGCUGAGCCAGAGGCGGAUCCCCAUUCCCCCGAGGGCCAGGCCCAGGCCAGAAUCCAACACUUGGAAGACAGUUUGUUCACACUCCAGUCACAACUCCAAUUACUGCAGAGCGCAUCGACAGGUGCCCAGCACAAGACUUCUGCCUGGCCCACCUGGCGCCGACAGGUAUCCCGAUCUCUUUCUCAGACUGCCAUGGAGUCAGGCCCUGAAGGCAAGGAAGACCUUGAAAAACGAACCUCCCUACCUGUUAUGCCAGCAGUCUCCAUGCCUGAUCCCUCUACCUCAAGGAUCCCCAAGGAGCUGGGUGGAGAGGGAGCCACAACUCCCCAAGCGCCAAAGGAAGAGGAGGUGUCCACGGCAGAUACUGUCGAGGCCAAUGGUCCAUGCCCAGCACCUAUCCCUGUGGAACUGGAGUCGACCCAGAAUCAGGUGGACAGAGCCGAAGACAGGGAUCCAGGUGCUGGGGAUGGGGUGGACAGCUCCGGGGUAACAGUCCAGGGACCAGGCAUAGUAAAGGUGGAGUGGGAUGGGCUGAGGUUUCUAGAGGAAAGUUCCAGGGAGGCCCCCACAUGUCCAGAAAGGAAGAAGGCAAAAGAACAGGAGGUUGAAGAGAUAGUCUUAGAGGUGAUAGGGGACCACCAGGUGACAGAAGAGCCGGAGCUUCCUCAAUGGAUGACCAAGGACAGGAGGGUCCAGGAGGUGGAGGAUAUGGUCCUAGAGACAAUAAAGAGCCGGUCAAUGAUGGAAGCCCCCGAACUUCCAGAGUGGGUGACCAAAGACAGGGGCGUUGUUGAGGUCGUGUGGGAGGGAUUGGGGGGAAUCGAUGGUAGUGACAUGGGGGACUCAGAAGAGAUGGCUAGAGAGGAAGCAACAACAGGCAGCCUGGCUAGCCCAGGGCUGGAGCCCAAAGAGCAGGGCCCCGGGGGGAGUCCUGAGUUGGGAGACCAAGGAGAGGGCUCCUUCAUCUGGGUGGAGAGGGUGCUCAUCACUGAAGACUGGGAGGAGGUACUGGUGGAGGAAUCAGGAGGAACUGCCAAGAAAUCAAAAGAAGGUGAGGCAAGGGAAACUUUGCAGCUGGGGGGAGAGGAGGAAGGGGAGAAAGAACAGCUGGAAAUGGAGAAAGAAGGUGAGGAAGAGAAGCAUUUGGAAACAGAGAAGCUGGGUUCAGAAGGUGAGACAGAGGAAGUCCUUCAGAAGGAUGGAGGGAGAGAGGAAGUAAAAGGGAAUGAGGAACAGCUUGGGGAAGAAAAGGAAGGCGAGGGAAAACAGGGAGACGCAGAGGAGGAGGCAGGGGGAGAGAAAGAGCUUGGAGUAGAAGAGGAGGAAGAGAGAGAAGAGCUAGGAUCAAAGGAGGAGGAGGAAGAAGAGGAGAAGGAAGGAGGGGUAGAAAAAGAAAUGCCAGCAGAGAAGGAUCCAGAAGAGGAGGGGUCUGACUCUGAGGGGAAGGCGGAGCAGGAACAGGAGGCGAAGCAAGCUACCCAGAGCGAGACGGGCCCAGAGCCUCAGGCUGAAGAAGCCACAUCAGCCCCCGGUGGGCCGCAGGCCCCAGCCACAUCCUCCGAGCAGCUCCCAGCCCCUGAAGCAGGGCCGCCAGAACGCCAGCCCCUGCUGCAGCCAGCCGUGCGCACUGCGCACCCUGCUACGCGUACUGCACACCCCGCUAGCCGCCCCGUGCCCACCUAUGCACCUGCCCAACGGCCUGAGCCUCCACCCGACAGUGAGCAGGCCAGUGGCUCCAAGCAGACAUGCCAGUGCUGUGUAGUGAUGUGAGCCACCCCUCCAGCCAGCCCAAAGACCUUGUGGAGGC